UCUCACCACAUAUGCACGCGCCACCAGUCAAGGACCGCUACAGCUGGAAAGUAACUUGACACAAUAAAAAUGACAUAAAACUGAGGUUAUUGUUUUACCUUUCUGGUCUUUGAAUAGCUUUCCUUUCUGUUUCUCGGAAUACGUUUGGUUUGGAAUAUAGCCUACGGGAUGUUGCUUUCUCACAAGGAUUAAUGAACGAUAAAUGGUUCGGAUGCUCGCGCGGAUGGUUCCUGAAAAUGGAUACAGAUUUUAAGAAGCCUCCUCUUGCUCCUAAACCAAAACUUGUGAGUCACCUCACCUUCAAGCUUCCUUCCCCCCUCAUGUCCCGGCCCUGCUCCAGGGGCCCCAAACCUCCCAUCGCCCCCAAACCCACAGUACCACAUGACCCUGAGGAGCGCGACUACUCCCUACUCUGCAACAACGCCCAGGAGGGGUGCACCAUCGGGGAUCUGCUGUCCUCAGACGAGGACCUGGACCAGGAGAACGAGCCAGAGGACUGUCUGAGUGGAGGGAAGGGGCUAGAGGAGGAGGAGCCAGUGGAACCUCAGUAUGACUCAUACUUUCUCAGUUCAGGGGUCAACGAUCCUGAGAAUGGUUAUGAAGGGCAGAUGGAACAGGAGGAGGAGAUGGUACAGGAGAAAGAGGAGGACUGGAGGUUAACUGACAGUGUUCAAGCAGAGGAGGUGGAUUCUCUGGACACACUGGGGGUCAGUGAUGCUGGAUUCACAAUUUACUCAGUGGACUCGGUGGAGAUAAUCGACACGGACAUCACUGAUGAGAUUGACGCAGAGGGGUGCUACGCGGGCGAGGCGCUGGCCGACACAGAUGGCGUCUCUAUCACCAGCAUUGAGGAGGAGGAGGCAGCAUGCUACUUCUGUGAAACCUGGCCUGGGAAAGAAAAAAAGGAGAAUGAGGAGGAAGAGCACCAAAUAGAGGAAGAAGAAACAGAAGAAGAAGCAGCUGAUACCACAGCAGAUACAGUAACAGAAUCUCUCUCUGAGGAACCCAUAGAUCUCCUCGUCGAAGACAACAUAGAGGAGGAUUCAUCCUUCAAGGAGGAGGAUGAAGGGGAAGUAGAGGAAUCCUCAACUUACCCUGGUAGUCCUACCAAUGUCCUACAGGAGGACUUUGGAUAUGAUGUCAUUGGUCCCUCAGAGGAGAGAGCACAAAGGUAUCAACCAUAUUCCAUAAUUGAUGAAGAGCCUAUGACUAUUCAGUACAGUAUGGAAGAGGGUGAGAGCCAACACAGCAAACAUAAAGCAAAACAACUUUUCAACACAGAGGAGGAAGCAGUUGACCCUAGCCUGGAACCCUACUACAUCUCAACUGAGGACAUUGUGGAUCCAGAGCAGAGCCCUGCAGAGGGCAAAGGUGACAGAUCAGCAGAGAGUGAGAACACACCGGAAGAAUCUUCACUGGUCACAAUAGAGACCACGGAGCCCAGUGAGUAUGCAGCCAUAGGUGACGAUGACUCGCUGUGUGAGGACAUGGGGCAUAUUGAGUGUGUCUCUUCUGAGGACUACGUCGAGAUAGGAGAUGACGAUGAUGACAAUGAUGACGGCAGGGAGAACAUGACAGGUUCAUGUCAGAGAAGGAUGCCUGCAGUCCAGAGGGUGGAGGAUUUCUUGAACCAGAGUAACAACCAGCCCCGCUUCAGGCUGGUGUCCAUCUCAGUGCCAGCGGACACGGACACCUCCCAGGUCUCAUCGUUCUCUGAAAGCAAGCUACUCUCCCCAGAUGACUCUGAUGUGUUCAGGGAUGAGGAGGACCUUGAGGGCCUCAUCAUUCCCUACCUGGAUGAGACAACCGACAUAGAAGGUAACCUUAGUGAUGAGCAUGUCUACGAAGAGGCAGGCCUGGACUCAGAGGGGGAGAAUUUCCUGCCUUUUGACAGAAAAUCCAUUGUGACCAGGUCCCGGUCGUUGUCAGGGAAAGUGUCUGGUUACGUGCCUGAUACGGUUCCUGAGGAGGCGGGCUCUGAGUUCCACCUUCAGAACUACUGCGAGGUGGAAUUGGACCGGAGCGGACACGCGCUGAGCAGCAGUCCUAUGUUAAACUCAACCCGGGCCAAGAGCUCAUCCAAACAACAUCGUUUUCUCCUGUACCCCCGCUCCUUCUCCAUGGAGGGACGGGACCUGCCCCUGUGUGUGUACAGGGAGGGCCAGGGUUCCCCGGGGGAGAGGAGGGAGGACAGCCUAUCCCUGCCCUGUGUCAUGGGCUCUUCUGGAAGCUUCUCCCAACAAAGUCCCCUGCCCUCCAGCGGCCUGUCCACCCCUACUUCAAUGGUGGACAUCCCUCCUCCCUUUGAGCUAGCAUACAUCACCAAGAAGCCCAUCACCAAGAGCUCUCCAUCCCUGUUCAUCGAGGGGGACUCCCCAGACAGGCAGAAGAAGAAGAAGUCCUCCUUCAAGCGUUUCCUGAUGCUGAAGUUCCGGAGGAAGACGGAGAGCAAGCUGCUGGUGGACGUCAGUGUGUCCUCCUCCAGGUCCUCCCCUGAGUCCAGCCACCACGGCCCCGCCAGGGUCCUUGAUUUAGACAGGCGCAGCACAGGCAGCUCCCCGCAACUCAAGUCCCGGAUGGUCAGUAAGCCUCAGCGCUCUCCGGACUCCCCCUCCACCUUCCUGUUCUAUAAGGAUGGGAAGAGAAAAGGGGGUUCCGUGGCCUUCCUCAACCGCAGUGUGGCCCGGGUGGAGUCCUUUGAGGACCGCUCCCGCGCCCCCUACACCCCCCUCCCCCUGACCAAGCCCCGCUCCAUCUCCUUUCCCAACACUGACAUGUCAGACUACGAGAAUAUCCCUGCCCAGACCCUCAGCUCCGACUAUGAGAACAUCCAGAUCCCUUCCCGGAGGCCUGUACGACCUGGGACCUUUGCAGAGUUCUUUGACCAAACGAGUCGGGUGCUGUCCUCUGCCAAUGACACUGAUGGUUACGUGGAUAUGAGUAGCUUCCCUGGGUUUGAGAGAAAAGCUCAGUCGCCUGAGCAAGAGCCUGAAAGUGCCUAUACAGAAGCCUACACCGUGUGCGCCAUAGCUGUUGGUUCACCUGGCGGGUCAGGGGUUGAGGCGGGGGACGGAACCGUGGAGGAGGAGGACCAAGAACAAACCUCUGAGGAGGAGGAGGGAGGAGCAGAUAACACAUAUGACAGACGGACCGACGGUCGAUCCAGAGCCUUCUACAUUGCCAAAGAGCUGGUGGACACUGAGAGAUUACAUGUCAAAGCCCUCAAGCUUCUCCAGGAGGACUUCAGGGAGGCGGUGGGGGCAGCAGUAGGGGAUGAGGGGGAUCCUGUGCUGGAGGAGGAGAGGCUGAGAGAGAUCCUCAACGAGCUUCCCGAUGUUUACACUCUGCACCGCAGAAUCCUCACCGAGUUAGAGAACCGCAUCCGACAGUGGGAGGAGAGUCAGAGGAUUGCGGAUGUCAUCCUAUCCAGGAAGUCAGAGUUUGUGGUCUUCACGACUUACAUCGGUCACUACGACCGCAGCAUGAGCCUGCUGGACGAAAGCUGCCGGACCUCGCCCGCCUUCUCAGCAAUCGUCCGCCAGUAUGAGCAGCAGAGUCCGGCAGGAGACAAUGUCUCUCUCAAACACCAGCUUCUGCAGGUCAUCGUACGGGUGGCUCAAUACUGCAUGCUCCUCAACGAUUACCUGAACAACCUCUCCCCAGACUCCAAAGAAUACGAAGAUACACAAGCCGCACUGGUGGUAGUAUCAGAUGUUGCGGAUCAAGCCAAUGACAGUUUGAAACAUGGGGAGAACCUGCUGCGUCUGGUCAACAUAGAGUACAGUGUUCGAGGCCAGAGGGAUCUGCUCCAGCCUGGCAGGGUGUUUGUGAAGGAGGGCACUCUGAUGAAGGUCAGCAGGAAGUUCAGACAGCCACGCCACCUGUUUCUGAUGAAUGAUGUGCUGCUGUACACCUACCCUCAGCAGGACGGGAAAUACAGACUGAAGAACACCCUCCUACUGCCUGGGAUGAAGGUCAGUAAACCCAUCAUAGAGGAUGUGCAGAACGCUCUGAGGAUCGAGGGAGCAGACAUCUCCAUCACCUUGGCAGCCAGCUCCUGUAGUGAGAGAGAGGACUGGUUCCACACUCUGAGUCGGACAGUGUCUGACCACGCCAGAGGACCUGGAACUUUCAGCAGCUGCUCUGGAGAGGCCAGAGAGCGUCUGUGGCUGUCCCUGGGGGAGAAGGCUCCUACUCUGGUGCCUGUAUCCCAUGUGGUGAUGUGUAUGAACUGCACCUCAGACUUCAGCCUCACACUGCGCAGACACCACUGCCAUGCCUGCGGGAGGAUUGUGUGUCGGAGCUGCUCCAGGAACAGAUACCCUCUGAAGUACCUGAAGGACCACAUGGCCAAAGUGUGUGACCACUGUUACAGCGAGCUCAAGAAGAGAGGAGGAGAUGUGUCUGGGGCGAGUGGUACUGACAGUCCUCGUUCUAACCGCCGCUCCAGCCGCCCACUCUCUGCCGUCUUCCAGAACAUUCACCCUCCCAGCCUGUGGAGACACCGCAAGGGCACCGCAUCUCUGAGCCAGGUAAGUGUGUCAGAGGAGGGCUCUAUGAGUGGGACUCUACAGUGCAGUAAGAGGAGCAAGAGGAACUGGAAGAGGCUGUGGUUCCAACUCAAAGACAAGGUGCUUUACACCUACCAGGCCCGAGAGGAGAAGGUGGCGUCUGAGAGUUUGCCUCUGUUGGGCUUCACAGUGAAGCUGCCUGACAGGCCAGGUGGAGAGGAGACAACCAACGUCUUUGAGCUGUACCACAAGAAGACCCUGUACUACACCUUUAAGGCCGAGAACAACCACACUGCUGAGAGAUGGGUGAAUGCCAUGGAGGAAGCCACAGUUUUAUAGCAGUGGCCAUCUUGGGUGGUUUGUUGAGACUGUGGUUGCGUUCCCCUGCUCAGACGUUGCAUGUAUCAACCAAUGAUUGCGUGCCACGUCAUCGACUGUGUCAUCGACUGACAGAUUACUAUAACAUAUGAUGUGGUUAGCUGAUACGUAAAAUACCUAUCCAGGCGUUAUAAGAUCUGGCAGGCAUCAGCAACGCCUGGACAGAGGAACGUGCCCUAUAUCUCACCUUUCAGACUUACCCUGGAGUCCUCGCUGCCACUCUCCUACUACACAUAGCCGUCCCUCAGAAUGCCUGAAUGUAAAACAAAAAGGGAAGAGGAGGAAGAAGGAUGAAUAUGUUCAUUUUGCCUUUAGUCAGCUGUGAUGGUUGUGUCUUACUGUGUGGAUUGGGAGAGGAGAGAACAAGACAUGGUGUUCUUAAAGGAGAGGACACGCUCACCUACUUUGUCAUCUUCCAACGUCCCCAUCCCGCUGCUACAGCAGGUGUGAUGCCUAGAGCCAAGAGAGAAGCUGUCCCAGAUACGUACCCUUCUGGAAAAUUCCACCAAGGCUACCUAUGACUCUCCCUACAGUUUUUCAUGGCAUUAACCACGCUGGAUUACUUAUACAAAUGGAAUGAAAAUGACAUUCACAUUUUUGGGGGAUAUUUUAUUUUAUUUUAAGAACACUGUAAAAACAAUGUAGUUGUUUCAACUAGUUAUUAUUAAAUAACAGUUUCCACAGACAUUUCGGGCAGAGUGUUACCUGAACCCACAUUUUUUGGGGGCGCAAACUUGAUUACAUUUUGCAUGUUCAUUUAUACAGGAAUUCAUAUCAAAUAAAAUUCUAUUUUAUUGGUCACAUACACAUGGUUAGCAGAUGUUAAUGCGAGUGUAGUGAAAUGCUUGUGCUUCUAGUUCCAAAAGUGCAGUAAUAUCUAACAAGUAAUCUAACAAUUCCCAACAACUACCUAAUACACACAAAUCUAACAAGUAAUCUAACAAUUCCCCAACAACUACCUAAUACACACAAAUCUAAAGGGGUGAAUGAGAAUAUGUACAUAUAAGUAUAUGGAUGAGCGAUGACCGAGCGGCAUAGGCAAGUUGCAGUAGAUGGUAUAAAAUACAGUAUAUACAUGUGAUAUGAGUCAUGUAAGAUAUGUAAACAUUAUUAAAGUGGCAUUGUUUAAAGUGACUAGUGAUACAUUUAUUAAAGUGUCCAGUGAUUGGGUCUCAAUGUAGGCAGCAGCCUCUGAGUUAGUGAUUGCUGUUUAACAGUCUGAUGGCCUUGAGAUAGAAGCUGUUUUUCAAUCUCUCUGUCCCAGCUUUGAUGCAGCUGUACUGACCUCGCCUUCUGGAUGGUAGCGAUGUGAACAGGCAGUGUCUCGGGUGGUUGAUGUCCUUGAUGAUCUUGUUGGCCUUCCUGUGACAUCGGAUGCUGUAUGUGUCCUGGAGGGCAGGUACUUUGCCCCCGGUGAUGCGUUGUGCAGACCGCACCACCCUCUGGAGAGCCCUUGCGGUAUUGAAAAUGCCCACACCUGCGAUUUGAAGUCACAACCUCUUAGUGCAAGCUAAGCCACCAUGUCUGUGUCAAUGACUGAUUUCACCUGCAUUGCUACACUUUGCACCUCAAAGUAUAUCUCAGCUCUAUUAAAAGUACACUCAAUAAAAAAUAUUUUAUUUAUCAUAGUGAUUAAGUCAGGUUUUCCCAAACUCACUCCUCGGGACCCCAAGGGGUGAACAUUUUGGCUUUCACCCUAGCACUACACAGCUGAUUCAAGUAAUCAACUAAUCAUCAAGCUUUGAUCAUUUGAAUCAGCUGUGUAGUGUUAGGAAAACAAAAACAAAAAAACAUUAACAUUAUAACAGAGUAAUAUACCCCACCAACAUUAAACAACCAGACAGAAAACCCUCAAAUGGUUGAAACAAGUAAGUCAAAUCAAUGAUGAGAGAAUAGUCUGAUUAAAUGAUAAUGGACACAGACAUGGUGGUGUAGCAGGACGAUUAGAAUGCCGUGAACCCAGAGGUUGUGAGUUCAAAUCCCAGGUGAGCACAUGUUGAAUAAUGGGGAUGUGGGGGUGGCAGGUAGCCUAGCAGUUGAGAGCGUUGGGCCAGUAACCGAAAGGUCACUGGUUUAAAUCACCGAGCCUACCAGUUGAGAAAUCGGUCAAUGUGCCCUAAAGCAAGGCACUUAACCAUAAUUGCUCUGGAUAAGAGCAUCUGCUAUAUGAAUAAUUUCUGUGUAAAUGAACAUGCACAAGGUAAUCAUGUCAACAUGUGUCAAAUAUGUAAGUUGAACACAUUGAAGUUAAAAGCACUGUGUGUGUGUGUAACCAGUUGCCCAGCUUUUUGCCCACCAGUUGCCCAAAUAAUUUUUGCCUAAGUUUUCACAAGCUGGAGCUAAGUUUGGGCCAACAAUUUUUGUUGUUGUUCAGAUAAAACGAAAAGUUGAGUAAACAGAAAAAAAGGCUGUGGAACUAGUUACUUAAUAAUAAUUAGUUGAAACAACUAGAUUUAUUUCAGUGAACAAUAACAGUAAAGGUUAUUAAACUGCAUGCACUACUAGGGUGUGUAGCCUAUAUCCAGAGGUUAUGAAAAUGCUGAAUCUGUUAUUAAUACACGUUGACCACAUGCCAACGUGACCGUUGUUUUAAUGUGAUGUCAGAAGCAUAAGUGGAUCUCCAUGUAUUAUUACGUCAUCCACCAAGGUUUGAGAUGGUGGGUUCAUUCACCCCCCUCCCAUUAGACCCAAUAUGUGCUGUCAUGUUCACAGUGCAAGACAGCCUUUCUAAACCAAUAUGGCAGUACUUACUGAAUUCAUUCUCUAUUUCUUUAUUUUAUCAGAAUACUUUCCUGCACUCGACUUAGCCAGCUUCACGUACCUUAAUGCCUGACAUUUUAAAGCACAGGUUCUGCUCAAAGUAUGACUAUUCAUGGAUUGCACCUCAUUCGGUCGUUGCCAUUAUUAUCAACUUUGUUAGAUCUCGCAGCGUAUUGAUGUCCGACUGAUGGCUAUUGGUCAGUCUUUCUGAACAAGGGCUAAUACUGUUUCAUGAAAAUUACGCUAUAGAAGCCUGGAAAUACGAUGACAUUGCUAAAGUAUACAAAUAAUUAGUAGAAAACAACUUUGCCAUCAUUAUGAUGUCGUCAAGUUAACUUUAGAGAGAUGGCAAUGUUGCCUUAAGCUAGAAAAGUUGAUUCCUCUAUCUAUGUUCCCAGAGCCCUAUUUUCCCUCAGCCCUAUGUUCCCUGGGCCCUGUGUUCCCUCAGUCCUAUGUUCCCUCAGUACCCACUGAACCAAUUUCAAUCAAAAUUGGCAUAAAUGCUUAUUGUCCAAAUAAUUUGUAUUGUAAUCAAAUACCCAGUGUGCUUUGUAAAUGUUCAUUUUCACAUAACAUUUUGGUCAUUUAGCAGACGUUUUUAUCACACCAUAGUGCCAUCACACUUCUGAUACAAAUGCAGUACAUUUGGGGUGAUAGGAGCCCACAAAAGUGUGAGUCGCUAUAACAAAUGGUAUAGAAAAGUAUUUUGUAUUUUGAAAUUGUGUAACUUAUUGCAAAAUACAUUUCUUUGUAGUUAAGGCCAGUGGAAUACAAAUUACACUAAAUACUCAAAAGUAACUGAAAUACACUACCGUUCAAAAGUUUGGGGUCACUUAGAAAUGUCCUUGUUUUUUAAAGAAAGGUUACAGUUUUUGUCCAUUAAAAUAACAUCAAAUUGAUCAGAAAUAGAGUGUAGACAUUGCUAAUGUUGUAAAUAACUAUUGUAGCUAGAAAUGGCUGAUUUUUUUAAUGGAAUAUCUACAUAGGCGUACAGAGGCCCAUUAUCAGCAACCAUCACUCCUGUGUUCCAAUGGCACGUUGUGUUAGUUAAUCCAAGUUUAUCAUUUUUAGAGGCUAAUUGAUCAUUAGAAAACCAUUUUUCAAUUAUGUUAGCACAGCUGAAAACUGUUGUUCUGAUUAAAGAAGCAAUAAAACUGGCCUUUAGACUAGUUGAGUAUCUGGAGCAUUAGCAUUUGUGGGUUCGAUUACAGGCUCAAAAUGGCCAAAAACAAAGCACUUUCUUCUGAAACUCGUCAUUUUAUUCUUGUUCUGAGAAAUUAAGGUUAUUCAGACAUGGUCCAUCUUGCUAAUGUUAUCUAGCACAAAUGUCGGUGCUCUCCCCUCAAUAUUAGCCAGCUAGCUAAAGUUAUACUACAUCUCAAGUCAAUCUGGUGACAUCACAAUGAUGACAAAAGCUUAUCCGACUAAUUAUUUGCCUCCUUUUGAAAUGUCAUCAUGUUUCCAAGCCACAGUAAUGCACUUUAGACAAAAUCUUAAUCAGUACCUACACUCUUAGAAAAAAGGGUUCUAAAAGGGUUCUUUGGCUGUCCCUUUAGGAAACCCCUUUUUGGUUCCAGGUUUAACCUUUUUGGGCUUCAGGUAGAACCCUUUUGGGUUACAUGAAGAACUCUCUGUGAAACGGGUCCUUCAUGGAACCCAAAAGGGUUCUACCUGGAACCAAAAAGGGUUCUUCAAAAGGUUCUCCUAUGGGGACAGCCGAAGAACCCUUUUAGGUUCUAGAUAGCACCUUUUUUUACAAGUGUGUAUUGAGACUGCAUUGCAUAGAAUGCUCAGCUGGGCUUCAGUCCUGAAACAAACAGUCCUGAAACGAACAGUCCUGAAACAAAUGUUAAAUACAAUAUUGUAACUAAAUGUGCAACCCAUGAUUUGUCUUGUGUUUUUUUUUGUUGCUUUUAAUGUGGUUCUUUGCUAUGCAUUUUUGUCAUGUACUGUAUUUUCUGAAAUUACCUUGCAUACAGCAACUAGUUAAUGUAAAUACAUAUAGAUUUUGAUAGUCAAAUAUUGUUUUGCUGUAUUUGCACUGAUAAAAUGAGAAUGGAACUGAAAGUGGAAUGUAAGUUCACUCUUCUCCUAAAUGUUAUUCUUUAAUCCUGUGUCUUGGUCGACCUGUGCCAAACUCACUAAACCCAGUGCCCGGAGUUAGCUAACCAUGGAUAUAUCAGUUAUAUCAGAUCAAUGACAAAAAGGAGACUUUAACAUCAACAUUAAGUUACAUAACAUGUCAAAUUCCUAUUUGUAUCAAGCCACAGCUCAGCCUUAUAAUGAGAGUGGUUUCCCUGAUGUGAAACCCUGCUAUUAGCCAUAACUACAUUAGUGGACUGUGUACUGGAUGAGUUAUUUAUUUCCAACCGUGGGGGUUUCUCAGACAAGUAAAGUGACUAAGGUCGGA